AUGACAGUGGAUUCCUGGAACAUGUUGUGCGACUACUCUUGCUGGGCCGGCCACUUCUUGGAAAACUGCCAAGUCCCGGCAGCAGAGCUGACGGUCAUUGAAACGCGUAUCAUUGAGCAAGAUUGGAUGGCAGCCUUCAGGCAGCAUGUGAACGCUCGGGACCCCAAGUACAGCCUCGAGGACUUCCCCAUGUGGGAGCCAUUGAAGGCUACCCACGGGCAAAAGCAAGUCUUCAAAGAAGGUGACAUUGAGACGCUGGACAUGGCGAGGAAGGAAAGUCAGUUCAAGACUGACUUGCUUGCACUUACCCGUGACGCGGCCCUUUUCAUGAAGUACUUCGACGGCAAGGCGAAGACCAGCAAGGCCCGAAAGCUUGCGCAAAACGCCCACGUCCGGCUGCAGGUUCACAAAGGGCGCAGUGACAUCAUCCAGCCCUUCAUGGAGACUUCCUGCAAAGUGUUGGCGACCCGGGACAUUCCGACUGCCCUGGCUGUGUGGCAGGAUUUUGUGAAAUCUGCGCCGGUGGGUGGUGGCUCCGGGCACUUGCUGCGCAUUGCUUACACAGACUUCAACAAGCUCGGCCGUGUCACAGACUCCGAGCUUGACAGCAUGAUCCGCUUCUUGGCCGACUUCAUGGCGCCACAUCCACAAAGCUCGUGCGCUGUGGUGCUCCUCACCAGUGUGACCAGCAGGAAGAGAUCCGGAGGUGCUAGAGUUGAGCGCGCUCGUUUGGAGGAGAAGUGCGUGAACAAGAAGUUGGUUCCUCUCCUGUCAACACUGAGGAUGUCAUCCAACCAGCUCCACGGGAAUGACAACAGGUCCCUGAUGUACGAGUGCUAUGUCCUCAUCCCGGAGGCUGCGGAGGAGACCUCUUGGUUUCUUGACGCGUGGCUUCUUCGACGCAGAGCAACCCUGGGAGAAGCAGAAUGGCUUGCGCCCGCUGACUUUUUCAUUGCAGUUUCAGAGCCGGGCCAGAGCAGCACAAUGGCUAACCUUUCUCUGGAAAAGCGAGCAGCCCAACUUUUAGGAGGAGAGGACGUGCCGAAGAAACUCUUGGAGUCCUUGGUGAUCGAAGGCCACCCCAGCGCAAAGCCUUUGCUACGUUCCGGGGACAGCGUGAUGGUGCUCCAUACAACACCGUACGACGCUUGCCUUGAGAGGGUGUGUCUCAAGAAGAGAUGGCCGGUUUGCUCUCCAUCGCUUCACAGCCCGGACUCUGCCCAGGUGUGCCAGAUGCGUCUUGCCAAGCAGCUCCUGCUCGAUUGGAAGAGUGGGGACUUCACCUACAUGCCGGCCCCACAGCUCCUCUUCUCAGGUGCACUUCCGCAGGAGGAGGAGGACAAAGUCCAGGGGCCGGACAUCCCUGUGCUGGAGCUGCUCCAUCUGGACCACGACAGCAACAACAUCACCAUCCCCACAGACGUGCGGAAAAAAUGGGCCAGUGAUCCGGUGUACAGCCACGACUGGGUGAAUGAGUUAAAGAAGAUCGAUACCUGGAUCGCGGCCGUGAGCACCAGCGCGACGACCACAGAGCCGCCCAGUGAGGAAGCAGCGCCAGUACUUGUGACAGCAGACGCAUGGCAGCCUAAAAGCCGGGAGACGCUGCAGGGGACGAUCCACAGCUUCGCUGGCCACAUCGCGAACAGCGAGUACAUCCUCCAUGAAACGGGGGGUGCCACGGAGCUGUACAUCCACGCUAAGGGCGACGCAAUCCGCAUCUCGAACCAGAAGCCAUUGUUCGAAACAGGCAAUGCUGACUGGAUCAGGCCCCCAGCGAGCACCAGGCUCUUGGCCAACCCGGGUGAGACCAUGCUGCACACCUUCGUCCUGCAGGAUGACAGUGCUCCGGUGAUCUGCGAAGUCAACCAAAACGACAAAUCAGAGGACCUCGAGCUGACGUCGAUUCGCAGCAUCUUGAAUGAGGCGGAGGCCGCUGGCGUCUUGGAGCUGAAGAUCCAUGGUCACACAACAGCCCGCGCGGCCAGUGGCGACACCUGGGAGGUUGUCGAGGACCGGACGGAGGGCGUUACAUGGGUGUACAAGCCCAAGGAUGUUCAACUGAGCCAGGCCAGACUGUCCAAUGUGGCUGGCUGCUUCCCCAGCGCUACUCUGAAUGCCAGCGAGCGAGUGAUGCAGGUAUGGAGGUUGAUGGUUGACCCGACUCAAGGCGCAAUCGUUCCCAAACGAGCGAUUUACUAUCUCAAGAAUGCCAUGAACAGCGGCGGUCACGACAUGGAGCUUGCAG